AGGAAGUACAAAUGUAUAAUUUAUACUGAAAUGGAAGUGUAAAACCUCAGCGUAAAACAAUCUUCUUUAAUCUAUCAAGUUUAUAUAACUCAAUAUUGUAUGUCGACGAUUUAAGACUAUGGCUUACUCUAAUCAAUGCGGAUUCCUUAGAAAUCUUGUUCGCAAUAAGUGUCAAAUAGAACAAAAGGAAUUAGAAACAGUAGCCAUUGAAUCAGCCGUCAAAGAAUUAAUUCACAAAAUAUUGCGAUCAGUCGAAACAGAAUAUCCGUGUUUUAAAAUCUCUAAAAUCGUUCCAUCAGGAAGUUUUUAUGAAAAAACUAAAAUAGGAAACUUAGACGAAUUCGACUAUAUGAUAGUUUUGCACGCGCUUUCAGGAGAUGAUAUUGAACUUCAUGAUGGAUGUAAUCCUUGGUAUAAAAGAAUUGAGUUAAAAGAUGGCAAUCACUGUUUCAAAAUAUAUUGUUGUAGUGUUCAUUAUGAGAAUACUCCUAAGUUCAUUGUCUCAGAAUUUUGGAAGAAUGUGUCAAAACUUCAAAAAUUGUCAAAAUUGUCUGUUGAAAUACCCCAAAGGAUUUUAACACAUGAAGAAAACGAAAGUGAUAAAUUGCUUUUUACAUAUGUCAAGAAGACAGGAAUUUCUGAACCAACCAGCCAAGACAAAGACCGUUGGUUAAUGGUUCCCAUAAAAAGAAUGCAUAUAGGAAUUGAUCUUAUGAUGUCAAUAGAUCAUCCAUGUCUGGAGUCAGUAGCAAAAUGUGAAGGUUUUCCAUCGGAGUAUAAAGAACUUCUGAUGAAGCUUGGUUGUCACAUUGUUAUCAAAUCCUGUCAUACUCAACACUUUCCCGAGCCGACAUGUUACUUUAUUUCUUUUGCAGCUCUAGAGCUAGAACUUAUGAAAAACCUCGACGAACAUCACAAGAAAUGCUACAAGAUAUUAAAAUGUCUUCUUACUGGAGAAAUGAACUUCAAAGGAAAAUGCAUGAAUUUAUCAUCUUAUGUACUUAAAACAGCUUUCCUUUUUCAUGUUUAUGGUAGCAAAGGAUGCACUUAUUCCAUUUUGGAUGCAAAAUGCAUAAACAAAGUUCUAGACUAUCUGUCUUCCUGUUUUCAUAACCUACGUAUGCCAUGUUUCUUCGCACGAGACAUGAAUACUUGGGGACAUAUUUUGGAAUUUCCAAUCCAUAGCUGGACAGGAUGGGAUUUUUAUGACUCCAGAAGAUUUGCAUUCUGCUACUUGUGGGUGAAAUUGUGGUAUCAAAUUGUCCAUUUCGUCAAGACCGCCAUCUCAGUGGAAAAUAUUCCAGACAUGAGCGAAUGGUACACAAUUACUGAUAAAUGUGAAUACAUGAAGAGCACCAUUUAUUACUUACUAGAAAAAUACACAGACUGGCACAACACAGACGUGCAAACAGGAGUAGUGACCAAUGAGGAGCUUAAAGGUAAAAACCUUACCUCCUGCUCCGAUGAACAGUUUUCUGAUUUUGUAAAGAAAUUGCAGAAACUUUAUAACAUAAACUUAAAUUUUCUUUUGUAGAUUCGGCAUUCAAUUCAAUGUUUUAUUCAAGAAACAAUAAUCUCUCAAAUAGUUCGGUUUUCAGUUAUAGAUUUACAACACUUUAAUAUAU